AUUUAUACCAGAGAAUAUCCGCCAUACCCCUCCUCGUUAUUUAUCGUAGACAGCCACUCACUUUAUUUCUUUAUCCCGCACUCCCAAAAUUUUGUACAAGUUGUCCUUGCAACCCUUUAAAAAACAAUUUUGUCACCAAAUGCUGCCCCACCAUUGUGUUCGUGUUGCCCGCUCUUGUCUGCAGCGACCAGGGCUUCUUACUCCCUCUAUAACCGCUACUAGAUCCAGACUCAUUCGCCCAACGCCGCUGGCAACUCUGCAAUUCGAACAACUACGCUUUGCUGGUCACAACAAAUGGAGUAAAGUAAAGCAUACCAAAGGUGCUAAAGACGCGAAACGGGGCAAAUUGUUUUCAAAGAUUUCCCUCGAGAUCUUGUCCGCCAUCAAGGCAGGCGGAGCGGAUGCAACUGUGAAUGGCCGCUUGGCUGCGGCACUGAGCAAGGCUAAGCAUGCCAUGAUGCCAAAAGAUAGCGUUGACGUAGCGAUUAAAAAGGCAACGUCAAAAUCCUCAUCCGAUAACCUUGAGGAUGUCAUUUACGAAGGCUAUGGCCCUGGCGGUGUAGCUAUGAUUAUUGAAACGGUGACGGAUAAACGAGCCCGAACCAUCAAGGAAGUCAAAGAGAUUUUGAAUAGACUAGGUGGAUCCAUAUCUACCGUUUCGUGGAUGUUUGAAAAGAAGGGCCGAGUUCAGUUCCGCGCGGGUCAGACCGGGUCCUCAGUAGAGGAUAUGAUGGAUGCAGCCAUUGAUGCUGGCGCAGAAGAUAUGCAAGAGCUUGAGGAUGAAUCUAUAGAAGUCAUCUGCGAGUUCACCAAUUUAAAUGCUGUGACCCAGAAAAUCAAAGAACAUGGCUACGAAGUCGAUGAAAUGGCAGCUACCUACGUCCCAACGACCACAGUGGAAGUCACGGAUGAGGAAGUACAAGAGAUGGUCGAAAAAUGUUUGGGAGAAAUGGAGGAUUUAGAUGACGUUGUCAAAGUCCACUUCAACGGCGUUCUUCCCGAGAAAUAGAGUAGUGGAUUAAAGGUUUAUUUGAUUCGGUACAUCCAUUGUAGAUAUAGAGCAAAAGCCUUAUUGCACUAGUAAUAUAAUAGAAAACGUUCAAUGCGGUUACUAGACACAAACAAAUUGAAACACAAGAAGAUGGUUCUGCACAUAAGGGGUGAUUUGAAUUGAGAGGGGGAUGAACUGGAUAUAAUGUACAAGU